CACCGGGACAGGGACAGGGACAGGGACCGGCACCGGGACCGGCACCGGCAGCGCCAGGUGGCAGCCGUCGGGGGACCACCACCGAGCGCCGUCCCCUGUCCCCCCAUCCCCUGUCCCCUGUCCCCUGUCCCCUGUCCCCCGCGGGCCAUGCAGGCUGUGCCACCGCCCGCGCCCGCCGUCACCAUGCACCAGGGCUACGCGGCCGUGCUGUGUGUCCUGGCCGUGCUGAGGCUGGAGGCCGCCGCGCUGGGCGAGUGCGAGCUGGCGCGGCUCCUGCGGGACCAGCUGGGCUACGAGAAGCGCCUGCAGUACACGAAGCACUACUUCCCCGUCGGGUACACGCUGCGGGUGCAGUACGAGGAGGUGCUGAGGCCGGCCAACAUCACCCGGCUGCGCGCGGGGGCGGCCUCGGAGGCCUCUCUGCGCUACCUCUGGUUCCACGUCAGCGCCCAGGCCGUGCGGCGGCUCCACCAGGUGCUCCCGGAGCAGCACCCGUCAUGGCCCUACACCCGCGGCCUGGGCCGGCUGCUGGACGCGCUGGGCACGGAGCACUACGGGCACUACCGGCAGAGUGAGGUGACGGCAGCAGUGGCCGAGCUGGUGCAGCGGCUGCACAGCGGCGAGCGGCGCCCCAAGGCCGUGCGCCCCAAGGCGCUGCUGGACAACUGCCUGCGGGUGCUGCGGAUGCUCUUCCAGGCUCCCUGUCAGUGGGGAGCCACGGAGAGCGGCGGCGAGGAGGGGAGCAGAGGAGGAGGAGGAGGAGGAGGAGGGUGAAGGGCGCGCCGGGGGGGCUCUUCGGGCAUUUCGUGUUCUUUUUUAUUUUUCUAGUCUGAUUUUUUUUUCUUUUA